AGACAGACAACGUGAGACAGCAAGGGAACUGGACAAGAUCGUGGAUGUUCCUUGAACAAACAACUGGAAGUGUCCAACGUGGUAGAAGAGUUUUGCUGGACUGAAGGUGGACAACACAACAGAAGGAGGACUUUAUGUGGCAGACAGACAUGACGGCAGAGAGACAACAGACAACCGGAUGAGACACAGGAGACGAAAAAUGUGAUUUUUCAUCUGGCCAUUACCCUCUGUCAGCAGCUGCUUUAAACCUAACAGGGCUUUGUUUUAGUCCAGUCCUUCCCAAAAUCCCCUGGAGAGUGGUUUUGUUUCGUUCCUUGACCUGGCCUACAAACAGGGAUGGAUGGCAGUGACCCCCAGGACGAUGAGAGAGGAGAGAAAGACAAACAGCUGAAGAACCAGCUGAACAGCGAGGAGAAAGGAGAGAAAGAACUCAAAGGAAAUGAGAAAGAGAAGAAGAAAGAGAGGCGGCGUUCUGGCUCUCUUUGGAGGAGUGGAUGGGCACUGAGUGAAAGACUGGCCAUCAACGUCUCAGGGAUGCGUUAUGAAACUCAGCUUCGCACCUUGGCCCAGUUCCCCGACUCCUUGCUCGGAGACCCAAGGCGUAGGUCACGAUACUUUGACCCACUUCGAAACGAGCUCUUCCUGGACCGCAAUCGGGCCUGCUUUGAUGCCAUUCUGUAUUUCUACCAGUCGGGCGGGAGGCUUCGGAGGCCUGCCAACAUCCCACUGGACAUCUUUAUGGAUGAGCUGCUCUUCUACGAGCUGGGAGAGGACAUCAUGAACCGCUUUAAGGAGGAUGAAGGGUUUCCCAAAGAGGAGGAGAGACCUCUGCCAACCAACCAAAUCCAGAGAAAACUGUGGAUGCUGUUUGAGCACCCGGAGUCAUCUUCGGGCGCUCGCAUCAUAGCCAUCAUCAGUGUGAUGGUGAUUGUGGUGUCCAUCCUCAUCUUUUGUCUGGAGACGCUGCCUGACUUCAGGACUGAGAAAGAGGCACGAGAGGAAUACUUUUACAAAUACCACUCCCAGGCCAAGAAUGUAUCGGAGAACAUGCCUCCUCCUCAGAGUGUUUUCCACGACCCCUUCUUCUUGGUGGAGACAAUGUGCAUAUGUUGGUUCUCCUUCGAGCUCCUCAUGCGCUUCAUGUGCUGUCCGAGUAAGACGUACUUCUUCAAGGACGUUAUGAACAUCAUCGACUUCAGUGCCAUCCUGCCUUAUUUUGUCACUCUGGGAACAGAGCUGGCCAAGGACAACGAUGCCUCUCCGGCCACGUCUUUGGCCAUCAUCAGAGUCAUCAGGUUAGUGAGGGUGUUCAGGAUCUUCAAGCUGUCCCGUCACUCUAAAGGCCUCCAGAUCCUCGGUCAGACUCUGAGGGCUAGCAUGCGCGAGCUAGGCCUGCUAAUCUUCUUCCUGUUCAUUGGCGUCAUCCUAUUCUCAAGCGCCAUCUACUUUGCAGAGGCUGACCACACCAACACGGCCUUUAUUAGCAUACCACACGCCUUCUGGUGGGCUGUUGUAACAAUGACAACAGUGGGCUACGGUGACAUGUACCCAGAGACCGUGUGGGGGAAGCUAGUGGGCUCUAUGUGCGCCAUUGCUGGUGUGUUAACCAUCUCUCUGCCAGUGCCAGUCAUAGUGUCCAACUUCAGCUACUUCUACCACCGUGAGACGGAGUGUGUGGAUCAAACCGAGUACACCCACAUUCAGACAAGCGUGUGGGAGGAUGAGGAACCCGAGGGGGGGGCGGAUGAAGGGGAGAGGGAUACAGAGGGGGAUUAUUACGCAAUUGAAGGAAUCUGCAAUCCUUUGAACGGGACUCUGCUGGGUGGACUGUGUGCGGGGCAGAGCCCAGAGUUCACAGGAGGAAAUAUGUAUCUUAGGGAGCCACUGGUUACACAAGUGUAGUUUUGUAACAUCAAAUGACAAAAGUGAAUGGAAAAGCAGGAUGAAAGUUCAUAAGUGUGUAGGUCCUGAGGAGAGGAGAUGUGGCACUGAUAAGCCUUCUUGAAACUUUUAUUGCCUUCAUUUAUAUUUAUUACAACACCAGCUAGCCAAAUGUUGCUAAAAGGCAUUUUCUAAAAUAUAGCUUUAAAAAGCAUAAAAAGACAGUGCGUUUUAUAUUCUCAGGGUCAUGUGCUGUUAUUUAUUAAUGAGCUUGUGUGAGAUAAAGAUGACUUUUUGAAUGUCUGUUCUGUGAUUGAAAACUACGAUGUCUUAGUACUGUCACUUUGUCGCUUAAAGUUAAAGCAGAUAGAUUAUUGCCAAUAGAGAUAUCAGGUCUCAUCAACCAAACACCAGCUGCAACCAAUCAGAUCCCUCGUAAUCCAACCCGUCAUUCUUUACAUUCUUCUGUAACUUGUGUACAAAGUUCACAUUUGUGUAAUUUUGGUGUAUGUGACCUGAGGUGACUGACACGACCUUUAUCAUGCUGUAGUACAUCUCUGUUGUCUGCAGUGUUACAGAGGAACGUUUGAAUGGCUGUGGCUACAUUUCUGUAUUUACCUGCUUACUUCUGCACUCAGAGUUUUUAAUAAAGAUUAUAUUUUAUUUA